AUGAGCUUAGUGUCUAUCAUCCGCAAGCUUAAUCCCGGGGUUGAUGUCGAGGCUGCUUUAGAAGGUACAGCAAGUUACCUGGAUGGAGAUCCUGCGGUAUCCUUUGUGAACUCACAAGACUUGGAAUCGGAUGUUGAGAGUACUGCUUUAUCGGAUAGAUUUGAGUGGAGGGAAGCAUCAUUAGCCUCACCGUCUGGCACACAAAAGAGCCCGCUGGAUGGAAUGGCGUCCUUACCGACAGGGAGGACGGAGUCUGGGUAUCUUGGCAGCAGCUCGGGAACAACUAUUUUGAGGACAAUCUCAGAUCUUAUCCCAGAGAAAUCCAAUUUACGGAUCGAUCAACAAGAGCAGCCUUCGCCUGCUAACACUAACCGAACAGGUGCAAGUCCCUCGCUGUCAGUACACCUUGCAAACACAGCUACUUUGGAAGGCCUUAUCGACGCUUAUUUUUCAUGGUAUAACCCAUCAUACCCUAUUCUACACGAGAAAACAUUCCGAGAAAAGUAUCAGAAUCGGCAGCAAAUCCACCCUCGGUCUAGUUGGCACCCAUUAUUCUUUCUUGUUAUGGCAAUCGGUCAUUGGAUCUUGACAGAAGGCUCCGAGGCAGAGCAAUCUGGGUAUUAUACUGCUGCCCGUUCACGCAUGUCAAUGCGUAUGUUAGAAUCAGGGACACUUCUGAAUGUUCAAGCCUUUCUACUUAUGGGAAACUAUCUCCAAAAGCGAGAUCGACCAAAUACGGGGUAUAACUUUAUCGGAAUCGCGUAUCGCAUGGCGCUCGGUUUGGGCCUUCAUCGCGAACCACCUGCUGGGACAAUACGAGAUACACUCUUCAAUGAGCGGAGAAGAGUCGUAUGGUGGAUUGUUUAUUGCUUUGACAGUGGUCUCAGUUUAACAACUGGAAGACCAUUAACCGUCUCCGACUCCUUCAUUGAGACUCGCCUACCUCGGAAUAUUGACGAUUCGGCCUGUGCCUUGGAAUCUUCCCUCUCUGUCACCACAGAGCAACCAACUGUCUACUCGGCCAUAAUUGCGCAAGCGCGACUGGCCUCCAUUGGAAACGUGGUUUUUAGUGAACUAAUAUCCUCCAACAAAAGCUCGUGUGACCUCAAGAUCUCGCGAUCCAUCAACUGCCAGUUUAGAGCAUGGAAAUUAUCACUUCCAGCUUAUUUCACAGACCAUGAGGCUCCAAAGUGGUUUCGUGGUCCAAGAUCGGUCGUGAUCUGGAAAGAACAAAACUUGCGAAUGAUGUUGUGGUGGGGAAGCCAGCGCAUGUGUAAUCUAUCUUCAGACCGAGAAGAGGCCCAAAACAUGUGCCAUUUCACAGCCGUUGAAACGAUCCAAGAAAUCACUAACUUCUGCCAUGGAAAUACUGAGAUUCUACAUACUAGUCUCAGCUGGUAUGCAACUUACUUUCUGUUCCAAGCGGCUGUUGUCCUCAGCAUCCAUCAUCUUCGCCCGCUUCAGCCCAUUGUUACGGGCUUAGCAGAGGUUAGCCAGGAGCUCUGGCUGUCUUCGAUUUCAAGAUCUCGCGACUGUUUAGCUUCUUUAAGUCAAAAUAGCAAAGCUGCAAUGCGGUGUCUAGCUGUGCUGGACAGGAUACGGGAUAGAUCUCAGUCAUCGCAGUCAGAUCCUACGUCACAGGGCAAUUGUCAACCCGAAUACAAGAAUUUGGAACCCAUGUCAGACAAUGGAGAAGCUCAAUCAGCGGCUUCGGCAGUUGACCCCACUCUUCAAUUGUUAUUCGAGGAUACAGUGUGGGAUAAAGACAUUUUCGAGGGCCUCGACGGAUUUCCCAGCACUGGGGAGGCUGAGGCGUUUGAUUACCUUCCGGUCAACAAUGAUCCAGGGUGGCUCAGAAUAUCUGAUCCAGGGUAA